AGGUACCCCGCAAAUCUAACCCGACCCGAAUAAAAACUAAACCCGAUUCGGAUCUUCAUCCUCAGAGUCAGAGCUCUCGAGCAACAACACUGAACCGGGUCAGCUCUGUUCGAAGUGACUCAUGGCCGCCAAUUCGAAAAUGGCGAUGGCUUCUCUGGCAGCUCAAAUUCGCCCCUUCACAUGUUUAGCCGCGUCUCAGCCGUCACGGUUGGCUCCUCAUCCACCAGACCUCGUCCGUUGGAUCAAAAGAGAAGGCGGCUUCGUUCACCACGCCGUUAAGCUCUCUCAGGAGACUCAAUUUGGUAUCGGCCUCAUUUCCACCGAGCAAAUCCCUCAAGGCACCGACCUAAUCUCUCUUCCUCCUCACAUUCCCUUACGCUUCGAAUCAGACGAUGCGUCAUCGUCUUCGUCCUCUCUCCUCACCGCUUUGGCCCGUCGAGUUCCCGAAGAACUGUGGGCAAUGAAAUUGGGAUUGAGAUUGUUGCAAGAAAGAGCCAAUGCUGAUUCAUUCUGGUGGCCAUACAUUAGUAAUCUCCCGGAAACUUAUACAGUUCCUAUAUUCUUUCCCGGUGAAGAUAUCAAGAACUUGCAAUAUGCUCCUCUUCUUUACCAGGUCAAUAAAAGAUGUAGGUUUCUUCUUGAGUUUGAGCAAGAGAUUAGACGUACUCUUGAAGAUGGUAAGGCUAGUAGUGAUCAUCCUUUCAGUGGACAAGAUGUUAAUGCAUCCGCCCUUGGAUGGACCAUGUCAGCUGUUUCAACUAGAGCGUUUCGGUUACAUGGUAAUAAAAAGCUUCAAGGUGGAGGAUCUUCUGAUCAUGUCCCCAUGAUGCUUCCUUUGAUAGAUAUGUGCAACCACAGCUUUAAACCAAAUGUUCGGAUCAUUCAAGAACAGAACGGAGCUGACUCAAAUACCUUGGUUAAGGUUGUUGCAGAGACUGAAGUCAAAGAAAACGAUCCUUUGCUACUCAAUUAUGGUUGCCUUAGUAACGAGUUUUUCCUUUUAGACUACGGAUUUGUCAUUGAAUCAAAUCCGUACGAGACCAUUGAGCUUAAAUACGAUGAACAGCUCAUGGACGCUGCAAGCAUGGCGGCUGGUGUUUCUUCCCCAAAGUUCUCUUCACCAGCUCCAUGGCAACGUCAGCUGCUUUCCCAGUUAAAUUUGGCCGGAGAAAUACCAAAUCUGAAGGUAACCAUAGGAGGCCCGGAGCCAGUAGAGGGACGACUAUUGGCAGCCAUAAGGAUACUGCUUUGUGGUGAUUUGGUUGAAGUUGAGAAGCAUGACUUAGACACGCUCAAAUCUUUGUCCUCCACAGCUCCUCUUGGAAUUGCAAACGAGAUGGCCGUUUUGCGCACUGUAAUUGCCCUCUGUGUGAUUGCAUUGAGCCACUUUCCGACAAAGAUAAUGGAAGAUGAGGCUAUAAUCAAACAAGGUGUUUCAGCCACAGCAGAAUUGAGUGUCAAGUACCGAAUCCAGAAGAAGUCAGUGAUCAUAGACGUCAUGAGAGACCUCACGAGAAGGGUUAAGCUGCUAUCGUCUAAGGAGACACCAAGUGCUGCAUAAGAACCAUACUGUAAGUUCUCUAGGCUUGGCUUGUUUCAAACGUCAGUUUCCAAGAUGAAUCUGUUUAACGUUAUUCAUUUUGAAAAACAUAUAUAGCAAUCAAGAUUUCUCUAAGAACUAGCUGGUUUACCCCCUCAAAGAUUAGAUUACAUGAAUCUAUGAACUAGAGAAGGGAGAUUAGAUUAGAGGCAAAAGAUAUGUCGUGUCAGGAUAUUUAACAGGAAACUCAUCAUAUUCACCAGAGA